AUGAAGCCCAUUGGAAACAUCUACGCCAUCGCCGCCGUAGCAAUUGUCGGUGGUGGCCUGUUUGGUUUUGACAUCUCUUCCAUGUCUGCCAUCAUCUCUACACAGCAAUAUCUCUGCUAUUUCAACCAGUCUCCGGAGACCUAUGACCCGAGCAAGGAUGUCCAGCAGUGUGCUGGCCCCAGGCCGGACGUCCAGGGCGGCAUCACGGCCUCUAUGGCAGGGGGCUCGUUCUUCGGUGCCCUCAUCUCUGGUCCCCUGUCUGACAUCUUCGGCCGCAAGACGUCCAUUCAAAUUGGCUCCGUGAUCUGGUGCGUCGGGUCCAUCCUGGUCUGUGCCGCCCAGAACAUCCCCAUGCUCAUCAUUGGCCGCAUCAUCAACGGCAUCUCCGUCGGCAUCUGCUCCGCCCAGGUCCCCGUCUAUAUCACGGAGAUCGCACCGCCCACCAAGCGCGGCCGCCUGGUCGGCGCCCAGCAGUGGGCCAUCACCUGGGGUAUUCUCAUCAUGUACUAUAUCUCCUACGGUUGCUCCUUUAUCGGUGUCAAUCAUCACCCGCCCUCACCCACCGCGUUCAGGCUCCCCUGGGGCCUGCAGAUGAUCCCGGCAAUCUUCCUGUUCUUUGCCUUGUUCCUGCUUCCUGAGUCGCCGCGCUGGCUGGCCAAGAAGGAUAGGUGGGAGGAGGCCGAGGAUGUCAUUGCUCUGGUGCACGCCAAGGGCGAUAAGACGAACGCCUUUGUCAUCUCCGAGAUCCAGGAGAUCAAGGCCUUUUGCCAGUUUGAGAGGGAGAAUGCCGAUGUAACCUGGUUCGACCUGGUCAAGCCAAACAUGAUCUGGCGGACGCAUAUUGCCGUCUUCACUCAGUUCUGGUCGCAGCUCACUGGGAUGAAUGUUAUCAUGUACUAUGUUACGUAUGUUUUCGCGAUGGCUGGUCUCUCCGGUAACGCCGGCCUCAUCGCGUCAUCAAUUAACUAUGUGAUCAACGUCUGUAUGACGAUUCCAGCUCUCCUGUUUAUUGACCGCAUUGGCCGACGUCCUGCUCUCGUUGGUGGCGCCAUAUCCCUGGCUAUCUGGUGGUACGUCACGGCAGGUAUUCUUGCUACUUACGGCCAUCACGCUCCACCAGGAGGACUGGACCACAUCCCCGCCGAGUCAUGGGUCAUCUCUGGGGCCCCGUCCAAGGCCGUCAUUGCUGCGUCCUAUCUCAUUGUAGCCUCAUUUGCCCCGACCUGGGGCCCUGUAUCGUGGACAUACCCACCAGAGCUGUUCCCUCUUCGCCUCCGUGCCAAGGGCGUAUCUAUCUCCACUGCAGCCUGCUGGGCCAUGAACUUUGCGCUUGGAUACUUCACUCCGCCAUCGUUCGUCAACAUUGCCUGGAAGACCUACCUCAUUUUCGGUGUCUUUUGCACUGCCAUGGCCAUUCACUCUUUCCUGUGCUUCCCUGAGACAGCAGGCAAGCCACUAGAAGAGGUCGAAGAAAUUUUUGCCCUGAAAACUCCGGCCUGGAAGACGAAGGGCGGCUUCGCUCAAGGACUAGAGAUGGAGAAGGGCGAGCACGCUACUGAGAAAUAUCUGCAGUUUGCACUACACAAGAAGGAGGAUGUGCCGGUUUGA